AUGCAGACGCUCGAGCAGAGGAGGGCCGCGGAGAAGGAGCGUCACCGCAAGAGCAUGGCUCGCAAGCGUGCAGAAGACAAGGCCACGCUGCUCGCUCGGCGCGAGGAGUGCGCGGCGCUGAUCGUCCAGCAGCGCCCGCUGUUGGCGGUGUCGUGGUACCAGCGCGAGUGCGAGAAGCUGGAGGUUUUGUCGCCCUGGAGCGUGUUCGGCGGCCCGACAGACAGCGACGAUGCCGUCUUCAAGCCUGCAACCAAGCUAUCACUGCUGCACGACAAGUAUACCGACCUUGUGGAGCUCGGGAACGCCAUCCACCGAGAGAACGCCGAGCUGCAGCAGGCGCUGAAUAAGUACGAAGUGUUCGAGUCGCUGGUGGACGGAGACCUCACGCGCGUGGCGUCCGACCAGCACAAGACGCAGCAGCAGAGCGAAGCCCCUUCGUCCCAGCGUACAAACAGUGGCGGCUGCUGGGUGCAGUUCACAGAGGACGAAGACCCGUUCUACUACGAGGCAGUGGAUGCGUCCGCGUGCCACGACGCCGUCGUAGAGUGUUACCCUCUGUGCGUGAGCCACCACACGCGGUUCAUGCAGCUGGAGCAGCCCCAGCAGUUCUUCGGAUGGAACGUGCAGCGCCUCGCAGACAGAGCGUGGACGACCGAGUUCGUCGGCGACGAGGCGUGGCGAGUCUUCAACACGCGCGAGCUGUACGAGCGGCAGCACAGCGCUCGAGUGGUGAUGCAUGUGCUCCAGUGCAUGGAUGAGCACACCACCGUGGCACUGCAGAGUCUCCCGGCGCCAGACAAUUCGGUGGCUCGCCGCUGCCUCACGUUAGCCUCCAAGAUCAGUAUGGACGGAGAGGGGCGACUGUGCGUGGACAUCCUGCUGCUAGGCAUCAAGCCGCCCGAAGAUAUGGCGCAGCAGUCGGGUGCUCAGUUGGUUCAAGACCUCUAUUAG